CCGCCCCCUCCCCGCCGCCAUCCACCGCUUCGGGCCGUCCCCGCCCCGGGGAAGCGGGUGCCCCGGGGCAUGAGCUGCGCCGCGGGGAGCGUCGUGCUCCCUGCCGGGGAGCCGCCGCGAGCCGCCGCCGCCCCGCUGGAGCUGCCGGCCGGGGCGGGGGAGGCGAGCGGGGACAGCCCCGAGGAGGGCGAGAGCCGGAGGGGCGGCUCGGAGAGCGGGGCUGCCGGCGGCGACAAGCCCGAGACGCGCUCGGUGUGCAGCAGCAGCGAGAGCGGCAGCGGCGGCCACGCCGGCGGGGCCGGCCCCAUCUGCAAGAUCUGCUUCCAGGGCCCCGAGCAGGGUGAAUUGUUAAACCCUUGCCGCUGCGAUGGCUCAGUACGAUACACGCAUCAGCUUUGCCUCUUAAAGUGGAUAAGUGAAAGAGGGUCAUGGACCUGUGAACUCUGCUGUUACAGAUACCAUGUUAUAGCCAUUAAAAUGAAAAAGCCUUGCCAGUGGCAAAGCAUUACUAUAACACUGGUUGAGAAAGUGCAGAUGGUUGCUGUAAUCCUAGGAUCUCUGUUCUUAGUAGCAAGUGUGACUUGGCUUCUAUGGUCAGCCUUCAGCCCUUAUGCAGUAUGGCAAAGAAAGGACAUCCUUUUUCAAAUCUGCUAUGGAAUGUAUGGUUUUAUGGAUCUAGUAUGCAUAGGACUGAUAGUACACGAAGGUGCAUCUGUUUAUCGAGUGUUUAAGCGCUGGAGGGCUGUGAAUCUGCACUGGGAUGUGUUAAAUUAUGAUAAAGCCACGGACAUAGAAGAGAGCAGUCGAGGAGAAUCCUCAGCAGGGAGGACAUUGUGGCUGCCACUGACUGCAUUUAGAAACAGAAGUUUAGUUCAUCCAACACAGUUAACCUCACCGAGAUUUCAGUGUGGCUAUGUGUUGUUACACCUGUUCAACCGCAUGAGACCUCAGGAAGAUUCAUCAGAGGAUAACUGCUCUGGGGAAGUAGUGAUGAGAGUGACCUCAGUGUAAAGAUUGUGCUCACUGUGCUACACAGAUAAGGAUAAUGUGCCCUGGUGUUAUAGGACUUCGGAAUGUAGUUAUGAUGAAUGGUGAAACCAUUAACACUUGAAAAUAUAUAUACACUUUUUUUUUAAAUUUAAUGUUUUUUAUAUGAUCAGAUAAAACACAAAUACAUUUUUCUGAGGGAAAAAAGUCUCUUGCUUUUUAUAUAGUCUGAUUUAUUGAAUCUUUUCUCAAUUUGUACCUGAGGUGUAUGUAACAUAGCUUAACUCUUAGGUCUUUGAAUGAUGAGGGAACUCAUUUUUAAGUAAAAAUAUAUAUUUAAAUGUAUUUUCUUAAACUCUGGCUUUAAUCCACUACUGUUAUUUUUUUCCACUUUCAUGAGGAUUAAACUGGACAACAUUCUUCCAAAAAGAGUAAGAAUGUUGACACAAGUCAAA